UAAAGAGAAAAAAUAUUCCAACCGGUCCAACGCAUCCAUCCUUCGCUUCGCAAAACCACACGCUUGGACUUUGACUCCCGCGCGUCAUCCCGCUUUGCAUCCACGUUUGAAGCAUUCGGCCGCGGGUGCAAAUGUCAUAUGAAAUUCAGAUGUUGUUAAUUACCCACACCGAUCAGCCGUGUUUCUGCGUGAGGUGUCGUAAAAGUGCGUGCCAGAGCAUAACCGCGGCACUAUCUGCUGGCGAAUUUGUUUCACCCUCUCCCCGUGCGAACGCUGUUAAUGCCGUGGUGUAAAACAGUGAUAGCGAUACCAACAAACAGCAGCCGCCAGCACAACAGUACGCAACACCGAUGGCAAGCAAACGAAAACCAAUCCACACGCCAUCUGCCGCCGGAGCAGCGGGCGGCAACGCCGCCCGUCCACAGAUGAACUUCCGCCAGGGGUUAAACGAUACGACCGCACGGGCGGAAGCAAAGGGCACGAGACCGACCGCCACACCGACCUCCAUCCGGGAAGUGCUCACGAUGAUGGUGCUGCACGUGUGCAAAAAGAUCAUCUUCUUCGACACCAGCCUGAAGGUGCCGCUGUACCUUGGCUCUUUGUUCAUCGUGUCCCUGAUUGGGGACUUUCUGCCCUACCCGAAGACAUACCUCGCCCGCACGGACAAUCUGUUCAACGUGUACUUCGUCAAGCUGGGCUGGGCCUGGACGCUGCUGUUUGCCUUCCCCUAUCUGGCCAUGACAUCGAUCACGAUCUGCUGCGGCGACAAUCAGCGGCUAAUCCGGAACCAUCUGCCCCGGCUCGGCAUAGCGACCGUGUUUUGGUUCGUGUGGACGAAGCUGUUCAACGUGAUCGAAUCGAGCUACGGUCGGUGCAGUGUGCGCGGGUUCGAUGCCAAAACGCCCUGCCUGAAGGCGGGCCACCUGUGGAAUGGGUUUGACAUUUCCGGCCAUGCCUUCAUACUGAUCUACUCCAGCCUGGUGCUGAUGGAGGAGGCGCGCCCCAUCAUCGGGUGGGAAAGCAUCAAAGAUUUGCUGCGCAACGAGGAGCACAACCGGAGCAACAACGACAACUCCCAGACGUCCAAUCCGCUCAAGAACCUAAAGGACGAGGAUCUGAAGGCGCUCAAGUACUUCUACAAUCGCUUCACCCCCACGAUUCGGCUGUUCUUCAUCGGCAUGACGAUGCUGCAGCUGCUGUGGGACCUGAUGCUGGUCGGCACGAUGCUGUACCACCAUCGGAUGGUGGAGAAGGUGCUGAGCGGCAUCAUUGCCGUCGUGACGUGGUUCGUGACGUACCGGGCCUGGUACCCGCUACCGACCGUGCUGCCCGAUCCGGUUGGCAAGGGGCUGUUCAACUACCAGUCCAUCAGCAAGCCGGAAAUUGGGCUGCGCCGAAGGGCCAGCUUACUGCAGCCCGGUUCCACUGCAGCGGCCGGAGCCAAUGCGGGUGGCAGCCCCAAAGAAAUACCCAAGUUCAUGGGCAUGCCACUGUACGCCGCAAGGCAGCAAAUGUCUGGCGGAAGCGUUGGUGCAGGUGCAUCGCCGCUGGAAGGUGGUUCGGCCAGCGGACAGCAGGCCGCUUUCGUAAGUAGCCAUCUGUACGGUUCACGCAUUGGUAGCGGUGGCAUUGGCAACAGCAGCAGUAGUGGUGGUGGUGGUGGUGCUGGUGGCGGUAGUAGUGGUAGUUACUAUAGCAACUCCGACUUUAAUCAUCCUUCGUACGCUCGCUAUCGUAGUCGCUUUGAGCGAUUUGAACCGUAGUUGUCUUCUCUGUUUUGCAUAUGUGAUUGCGUGCGUGCAUGCGUGCAACAACGCCACGUGCAUCCUUAUUAAUUUCUGUGUUGUAUGUGGUUCGUGUGCAUAACAUUGGUUGUAUAGCGUCGGAAAAACGGGGGUGGUGGUAAUUCUGUACAUUUGGCAGGUGUGUUCAAUAGUGCUUUGCAGGUUAAAGGCAAUUCGGCUCUUCUUAACCCCUUCUUAUGUGUGGUGAUGGUAAUGUUUUCCGUUGGAAAUUGUCCACGCUGUACAGACACGCACGCUGCUGUGUGGAAUAGAAUUAAGGCGCAUGAACAAAAUUACAACUUUUUCUACCAAUGCACCACACUUUUUCCGAUUUUUUACAGAUCUAAUUUGAUGGAGAUCCACCGACGGCUCUAUGUGUUGACAAUACGGUGCAAUUAAAUCGUUACAUUACUUACGCACGAUGCGAACAAACACGACCCGGAGCGUGUUGAUGGAGAGAUUGAAAGCGUUUUCCUCUCCAACCACCACUUCUUGCCACUACACCAGACAAUCGGUGACGGGGAAGAAUUGACACAUGAGGCUGAGGCAAUGAGGGUGGCGUUUAUGUGUAGCAGAGCUGCAAUGAUUUAUUACUUUUGGCAAUUGUCUAACAGCACGGUCUUGAACUAAAAUUUUCUUUUCUUAUAAAGCUGACCAUAACGUGUAAUCCUCCCUAGGUAGGCGGGAGGAUGAGUUAAACGACUCCUACCGCAAAGGAAGCUGCGUAACACGCGACGGGGUGGUUACAGAUAGUUUAAAGGGGUUUCCAGGGGUUCUCAUUGUUGUGGGACACUUCCUUGACUCUUUCCUAUUGGAAGUGAUCUUUAUCUAAUUGGACUCUAUUUUGCUCAGGCUCCUUGAAAAAUCCUACCAGAUUUGUGAAACAAGGGUGCUAUAGAGCCCAAUUCCCAUUACAUUAAGUUCAUUUCACUUAAGAAAGAGUCAAUAAGGCGUCCCACAGCUAAUGAGCAUACCUGGAAAACCCAGUAUAGGUUUAUUGUGUUCUUUCAUUGAACGUGUCUUUGGUGAUUUGUUUAGUUUGAUACUUUGAUACUCUUACUUAUUAUGAGGCAAGACUUACGUUAAUAUUUAUGUUCAUCCCCCCUUUAUUUCUUAGUUGUAUGUUAAUAUUAUGUUUCUUUUUUGUUGUUAUUGUUGGUAUUACUAUAUCCGUUCUAUUCUGUUUUGUAAAUCUUCGAUCGACCAAAUACAAGUAGGAAACUUAAUCAACUGUGUUGAACGUAUCUAUUAUUUAUUAUUCGUUGUGUUGCACCACCUCGCGCGCGUAACCAUUUGUGUUUGUGUUUGACCUGCAUGCGCUUGUACGCUUGUAUGCUGUUUGUUUAUCUCUCAUCAGUUGAUCCUUUCAUAAUUUUCAUUCCUAAUAAUCAUUUAUUAUAGUUCCAUGUGUUUCAAUCCGGCUUGAUAUUUAUGUUUUUUUCUGUAAACACCCCCCCCAUCCGUUAUCGUUUCAAAAGAGUAGAACUAAUUAAAACGGAUGAGACAGCCGCCAGCCCAGCCUUGUACACGGGCGGCGUAUUGAUCCACACCGUGCGCAGGAUCGACACCUUCGACGGUAGCACACACUGGAACGAUUCGCGUUGGCAACUCUUCGCAAAGUACCGCGCCACUUGGGGCCGCUUACCCUCGCCCCAGAAACGAUCCUCCAGCCCGAGCACGUACAGGCGAUGCAGCAGCGUCCCAAUACUGAUAUCCACCAUCGUGAACGUGUCCGCCGUCCCUGCCAGCCAGCAGCGGUCGACGUCGAUCGUUGCGAGAUACUGCUCGACGCUGGUCAGAAAUUCGUCCAGUGCCGUUAGCAGCUUGCAAAAGUACUCCUCACUAGCGAUGAUGGCGCGCUUGCGAUCGUGAAAGUCCGCCUUCUUUAGCAAAACCUCCGCAAACGCAGGAUAUGCCGUCGCGUACGCUCGUAACCGGUGGGCAAGCGUUUCGUCCCGCGCUAGGAUCGUUUGACGCACGGGCAGCACGAACGGGAACUUUGGACUGCUCGUGUGCUGCGAAUGCAGGAAGGAUCCGAUCGUAAUCACCCCGAUCGGCAGGCGUUCGAUCGUUUGCCGAAAGCCAACGACCAGCUUAUCCGUUUCGAUGGGCAUGCGUAACGAUUUGUCUGCAACAAAGAAACGGUUUUAAAAAAACGUAUGUGUACGUUCCGUAGCCGAAUGCUUUACUUUUUGGGUAGUUUUCCUCCAGAUAGUCCAGUAUGCGGUUUGAGCCGGGCACGAUGAGCAAACCAUUUUGCAGCACCGGCAGCUCGGCACGUGGAUUCAGCUCCAGAAACCAUUCGGAGAAAUGUUCAUCGUUCGUGACGUCGAUCUCAUACUUGGUGAACCGAAUCCCUUUCUCGUGCAGUGCCUGUAGAACCUGCGGGAGUAGGAAACGGUUAUUACGACAUGCACUCUUGAUUACGCGAUCUGUUUUUGCGCGUGAAUGUAACUCAAGCUCAAGCAAACAUGAUUCAAACUACCUUAUCAUGCUUGCGUUUAGCUCAGAUAACACAAGCAACAGGAGGAAAUGAUCGGUCAGUAGAAUGGAAAAGCGAGUAAAGAACCAGAUAAAUCCCUCCACACCUGUGUUUCGCGCAUUGUCUUCCGGUGAAGCGUGACCGGCGUAACUUCCUCCCCCCCCCCCUCCCAGUGUAUACGCUACUACCACCCCUUGAUGGUACGGUACACGCAUCAUAUGGAGCACAUGACCCUUUAACUAUCAUCAUCGCGGAUCUCUAGUCACAAGCUCUAGCCGCCGUCUCUUAUUAUUAUUGGUUGAGUUAAACGCCGCGAUGAUCUUUUGAUUUUCUGUUAUUGAUUAUUGUUAGUUUAAUUGCAUUAUUAUGCUCGUGCAGCAAAGAUUUUAAAUACUGCGAUCGUUUCUAAAAGAGCAUAUCGUUCCAUUUCGCUCCACGUUCGUUGCGUAAUGGAUAUGAAAAGCGGCACACGUUUAGCGUUUGGUGAUGAUAAAAUGAAAGAUAAAUAAUCACAUCAUGUGUGAGAGAUGGCGGGUGCCUUCGUUGGACUACCUUCAAUAGAUCGCUACUAAAAGCUGCUUACCUUGUGGCAGUAGUAGCUAUACUGAUUGCAGUACAGUAUCAAUCCAUCCCCAUUCGCAACGCUCGGACGUUUGAAUCGUUUUUCGGACAUUUCUCUGCCUCUCUACAGUGACACAGUUUUUUGUUUAAAUGUUCGCUUUUCUUUGGUUUCUAACAGCGCGCCUCGAACACCGCCCCAAUGUCACUUAACAAACUUUUCGCACAAACAAUGUUCCUCUUGAUCACUCAAUGGUCCCGUCCGCCGGCUUUACAUCACAUGCUUUUGCAUCUCGAAUUGCGUCGAACAAAACCCGAUGAUCGCGCUUUCCUGGAUCGGCUGACGACGGUUGUGAUACACCCCGCAAGCGUUCGCUUAGACUGUGAUAAGUAACCAACGACCCCCGGCGCGUGUGUCAGUACAGUACAGUCUCUCUGCGCUAACUACCAUCUGAUUACCGUGCACUUUUACCACCUACUGACCAGCUGAUGUGGUGUGUGGAGGUGGGCAUGGAUACCACACCCGUGGAUACCGCCCCAUCGCACACCUUGCUAGCCCCAUCCGCGUGCGAUCUCGUGUGCGCGUAUGGUUACUCAUUUUUUGUCUGUGCUGUCUACACUUAACACCGUUACAAUAUGCGUUACAGGACGGAUUGUUUGAAGAAUUGUUUUGCUAUUGUGUUAGUAUUUUCAUGCUGUAUGAUCUCCCUCGCUUAAUGUUUAUCGGUACACUACACACACACACACACUCCAUGGUUGCUUGCGUACGAUCAUUGGCACACCGCUAAUCGUGUUGUUUUUUCCUUAAGUAUAUCACACGAGAUUAGCCGUGUGUCCGCAGACAGCAAUGCGAAGGAAAUGAAAUCAGUGAUAAAUGUGUCCACCAGCAGUAUUCAAACCUGUGGGCGGCGAUCGAGAUACACUUACAGGAUGUAACACUACCGGACUGUUCCGCCGCAUACCCUCCCCAUACCAAGCAUGCCACAUAUCUGCCCCCCAUUUUCGUGCCAUUCAUAUCACGCUUUUCCACAGGGUACGGCCACUUCGAAGCGUCGAAAAAUGCUGGACAACCGGUUUCAUCCCUCUGGCUGAUAAGAAGUCGGUCCUUCAUAUUCACUUUGGAUGGGCUACGACGGAGUGGGAAGGGGGUACAGUAAGAGAGAUAGGUUAUAUUUUUGAGAACCACUGUGAAUACAUAUUUAAAUAAACUACACUAUAGAGCACAAAUAUAUAGAAAA